GUGCCUUCAAGCCCGGCGGGGGCAGACACCUCAGCGCCCGCGGCCGGCCGGCGAGGUCUCCGCUGUGCUCGGUGGGGCCUCCCCCGCCCCCCCCCGCAGCCUGGCCUCAGCUGCAGCAACUUAGCUCGGCCUUGGCCCGGGAGCGACGCCCGCAGCCCCCCGGGGCGGCCGGGAGCAGGGGCGCGGGGCGGGGCGGGGCGAGCGGAGUGGGGGGCGGCUCCCGCGGGGGCGACGCGAGGGCGCACGAGGGGCGCAAGGGCUGGCGCGGCCACCGGCAGCCGCGGGGAGCCGCCCACUUCUCCUGCGCAAGGGCGGGGGCCCCCCCGGACGGCCGGAACGUGGAUGCGCCGGUCGCCGAGCCGGGGCGGACGCGGAGCGGCCCGGGCAGGGGACGCGCGCCGGGAAGGGCGGCUCGGCAGCGGCCGCAGGAUGGCUGAGGCUAUCGGCUGUACUCUGAACUGCAGCUGUCAGAGUUUCAAACCUGGGAAGAUCAACCACCGGCAGUGUGAGCAGUGCAGGCACGGAUGGGUGGCUCACGCUCUAAGUAAGCUGAGGAUCCCCCCCGUGUAUCCAACAAGCCAAGUGGAAAUUGUCCAGUCCAAUGUGGUGUUCGACAUUAGCAGCCUCAUGCUCUAUGGGACCCAGGCCAUCCCUGUUCGCCUGAAAAUCCUACUGGACCGGCUCUUCAGUGUGCUGAAACAAGAUGAGGUUCUGCAGAUCCUCCAUGCCUUGGACUGGACCCUUCAGGAUUAUAUCCGUGGUUAUGUGCUCCAGGAUGCCUCGGGGAAGGUGCUGGAUCACUGGAGCAUCAUGACCAGUGAGGAGGAAGUGGCCACCUUGCAGCAGUUCCUUCGCUUUGGAGAGACCAAGUCCAUAGUGGAGCUCAUGGCCAUCCAGGAGAAGGAAGAGCAGUCCAUCAUCAUACCGCCCUCCACCGCCAACGUAGACAUCAGGGCGUUCAUCGAGAGCUGCACCCACAGGAGCGCUGGCCUCCCCACUCCAGUGGACAAAGGAAACCCCAGCAGCCUGCACCCUUUCGAGAACCUUAUCAGCAACAUGACGUUCAUGCUGCCUUUCCAGUUCUUCAACCCUCUGCCUCCUGCUCUGAUAGGGUCACUGCCCGAACAGUACAUGCUGGAGCAGGGGCAGGACCAGAGCCAGGACCCCAAACAGGAGCUGCACGGGCCCUUCUCAGACAGCAGCUUCCUCACGUCCACACCAUUUCAGGUUGAAAAGGAACAGUGUCUGAAGUGUCCAGAUGUUGCUACCCCGAAAGAAGACAGUGCGCACUUAAGUGACUCCAGCUCGUACAGCAUUGCCACUAAGCUUGAAAGGACACAGCUGUCCCCCGAGGCCAAAGGAAAGCCCGAGAGGAACAGCAUUAGCGCUAAGAAGGGCCGGGUGUUCUGCACCGCCUGCGAGAAGACCUUCUACGACAAAGGCACUCUGAAGAUUCACUACAACGCCGUCCACCUCAAGAUCAAGCAUAAGUGCACUAUCGAAGGGUGUAACAUGGUGUUCAGCUCCCUGCGGAGCCGGAACCGACACAGCGCCAACCCCAACCCUCGCCUGCACAUGCCCAUGAACAGAAACAACCGGGACAAAGAUCUCAGGAACAGCCUGAACCUGGCGAGCUCUGAGACGUACAAGCGCCCGGGUUUCACGGUGAUCUCAGACUGCGGGCCCCUCCCAGGCUACCCCAGUUCGGUGGAGAACUCCAAAGGCCAGCCAGCGUUCUCGAGCCUUGGGCAGAAUGGUGUGCUCUUCCCUAACCUGCGGACCGUGCAGCCGGUCCUUCCCUUCUACCGCAGCCCAGCUACUCCGGCCGAGCUGGCAAACACACCCGGUGUGCUGCCCUCUCUCCCUCUGCUGUCCUCCUCCAUCCCAGAGCAGCUGGUUUCCACGGACAUGCCAUUCGAUGCACUUCCUAAGAAGAAAUCUAGGAAGUCCAGCAUGCCUAUCAAAAUCGAGAAAGAAGCUGUGGACAUUGCUGAGAAGAGACAUAGUCUCAGCUCAGAUGAUGACACGCCCCUGCAGGUAGUCAGCGAAGAUGAGCCAGAGGCCAGCAGUCCUCAGUCAGACCGAGUACCCGAGGAGCAGCACACACAGUUAAGCUCAGAGAAGACUUUAGCACAAGGAGAAAGACCCUGCCAUCUUGAAUCUGUGAUUGAGUCUCACGGAACUAUCGGCAGAACCCUUGAGCAGACCACACACCCAGAGAGAGAGGCGGAGCAGAAGUUAGCAUUGACUUCAGUCAUGCCAAGAGAGGUGGAGGAUGGUGGCCAUGAGCGCCAUUUCACACCUGGACUAGGGCCACAGAUUCCCUUUCCUGACUACAUGGAAUUGCAGCAGCGCUUACUGGCUGGAGGACUCUUUAGUGCUUUGUCCAACAGGGGGCUGACUUUUCCUUUUCUGGAAGAAUCUAAGGAGCUGGAACACCUGGGUGAGCAUGCACUAGUGAGGCAGAAGGAAGAAAAUCGCUUUCAGUGUGACAUCUGCAAGAAGACCUUUAAAAAUGCUUGCAGUAUGAAGACACACCAUAAGAAUACACACGCCAAAGAGACACAUGCGUGCACAGUGGAGGGGUGCGGCGCUGCCUUCCCAUCCCGCAGGAGCAGAGACAGACACAGCUCGAACCUGAGCCUCCACCAGAAAGUAUUGAGUGAGGAAGCACUGGAGAGUAGUGAGGACCAUAUCCGUGCUGCCUACCUUCUGCAAGACGUGGCCAAGGAGGCCUACCAGGAUGUGGCUUUCACACCGCAAGCCUCACAGACAUCUGUCAUCUUCAAGGGAUCAAGUGGCAUGGGCGGUCUGGUUUACCCGAUAUCCCAAGUGCACAGUGCCCGUCUGGAGAGUUACAACUCCGGCCCCCCAAGCGAGGGCACCAUCCUGGAUUUGAGCACUACCUCAAGCAUGAAGUCAGAGAGCAGCAGUCAUUCUUCCUGGGACUCCGACGGGGUGAGCGAGGAAGGUGCUGCCCUUCUGGAGGACAGCGAUGGGAACUGUGAAGGGCAGAGCCUUGUGCCCGGGGAAGACGAGUACCCCAUCUGCGUCCUGAUGGAGAAGGCUGAUCAGAGCCUUGCUAGUCUGCCCUCCGGGCUGCCCAUCACCUGCCAUCUCUGCCAGAAGAUAUACAGUAACAAAGGGACCUUUCGAGCCCAUUACAAAACCGUGCACCUCCGCCAGCUCCAUAAGUGCAAAGUGCCUGGCUGCAACACCAUGUUCUCAUCGGUCCGCAGCCGAAACAGACACAGUCAGAACCCCAACCUGCACAAGAGCCUGGCCGCCUCGCCCAGCCACCUCCAGUAACAAGCCAAAGACUGGCAGGGGUCUGCUCUGAUUUCAGGAAGAAAAGCAUCCAAAGAAUAAGGUAGCUGGACUGUUCAGUACCAUUUCUCAGAAGCCAGGCAAAGUGACUUGACCCUACGGUCUUCUGCAGCAGGAAAAGCACAAGGCAAGCCUGUGAGAAGUUGACACUGGGGUAGCCCUGCCUGUUAAUAUUUUUCUUAGCCCAUGAGGCUUUCUGCCGACACCAGGAAAACACGGAAAGGCAGAUUCCCCCAGAUUUGUUUACAUGUUCCCUAGGAGACCUGUAGGUCUACAGACCAACUGGAGGGAGUAGGGAUCAGGAACUGGGCACAGCUUCACGUGAGGCCUGCAGUAUUAAGGGUGUCAGGGAAGAAGUUUCCUUGAAUACAACACUGUCAUCAUGGGCAUGACAACCAGCCCUAAAAAUGUCAUUUUCAGGUUUCUCCCCCCUCCCUUUUUUUUUUUUUUUUUUUUGAUGAAUCCAAAACCCAGACUUGAGUUUAGGGAAAUGACAUUCAGAAACCAUCCCUCCAUUGGGAGUCAGUAAUUGCUACCCUCACAGUCUCGGAUGUGAUUCCAGGGAGUUCUCCAAGGAAGCUGGCUGGCCCCUAAUAUGCCCUUUGUCCAUUCUUGAUCUGUAACACGCCUUUAAGAAGCUAGAGGGAAAAUAUUUUGUGCACUUAAGAAUAGUGGUCUUCAGUUUAAUUUAAAGUUAUUUUGAUAAUAUUUAACUUGUGUUUAUAUUAUGUAACUAUUUGGUGUGAGUCCAGACAUGUCCGUGUCACCUCUGAAUCUGUUCAGAACUAGAACAAGUGACAGCUUACACUUCAGAACCGCAGCCUGGCUUCGGGCGGCGAACUGCAGUCUGUUGGCCCCCGUGGAGUGAGCGCCAGUGAGAUUCGGACUGACACGUUUGUAUAUAUCCACCAAGCUAUUUAGAGAACAUGGUUCUGAUAGCUGUCGGGUCUUCUCAGUAUCACUGGAUCCCUCGCUCUUCACCCGUUGGUAAAUGUAUAUGGUUAGGAUGAACUUUGAAAUUUAUUUGGUAGAAAGAAAAGUAGGGACCUUACCGCCAUGUUCUGUGUCUUUAAUAUUUAACUUAUUCCGAGGUCUGUUCCACACUGUUAAACGUGUUUGCCACUAUUGAAAGGAUGUGUGAGCAGCCCUGUGAAAUGAGACCAUCUCUUGGAAUUCAGCAUUUGCAAUAUUCUAAAGGGCUAUGCAGCUUUUAAAGAAGUGGAUUUUGUAUUCAGAGUUCAAGUUAACUGUCUGACUCAUGUUGACUUAAUUUAAAAAAUCCUUAAAGGAAACUGAUGGUUAUAGAGGUAUUAUUCCCCUGGCUUAAAGACAGAAAAGGCCAACAGCCUGUUAGUAAUUAUUUCAACUAAAAAAAAAAAGAUUACUUAAAAGUUGUCUCUGCUUAAGGAGAGAUUGCAUCCUUUGAGCUUCUUUGUUACUGAGAUGUUUGACAUUCUAGUUUCUCCAAAAUGGAAAAAUUUGUAUGCAACGUUUUCUAUGAUUUAAUAAAAAUAUAUGGCAUACCUUUUGUUUA